CUCGUAUCGUGCCAGUAAGGAGGGUCAUCACACGGUCGUUUGCCGGUUUGCGGGGAAAACUAACGAGCGCCGUCAUCGAUUUUACUUGCCUGCUGGGCCUUGAAAGCGGACCUGAAUAUACGAGAAUGGAGAGCGCAAUAAUAACCGCCGAGUCAAAAUGUCCAACAUCUCCCAAUCUAGUUUGGAACAGAAAAUCCAUGUCUCUGAGCAAAAAGUGGCGAGAAUCGGACACAAUCAAAUUCGUCGAACUCUACGAAAAAUCCGAAUGCCUUUGGAACUUCAGACAUCCGGCCUACAAAAACCGAAACGCCAGAGACAAAGCCAUCCAGUAUAUUGUUGACGAAAUGAAUUUACCUGAUUUUGGCUCAAACGAACUAAAAAACAAAAUCAAAAACAUCAGGAGCACAUACCAGCAGGAAGUCAACAAAAUAAAAAAAUCAAAGCAGAGUUUCGUUUUGGAAGAAUACAAAACAAAUCUGGCCUGGUUUCCAAUUGCUGACAGGUUUUUAAGUGGCGUAAUCAAUAGUGCCAAAACUACUCUUGCCAAGACUGAAGAAGAAGAAUUGACGUACUAUCAACCAACCGAGUCCCUCUAUAGCCUUGUAGAAACUGAAAUGACAAAUAACGAAGAAUUAGAACAAGAAAAUGAUGGCCAAUUCGAAUUUGCUCCUUUCAACAUCAACGCUGAUCAAAUUAAAGAAGAAGUUGAAGAUUAUAUGCCUUUGCAACAAGUCAAAAAGAUGAAAUUAAGUCAUUUAAAUUUAAAUGAUUCUAAUGAAGCGCAAUCAGAUGAAGUACUUACCCAAGUCCAACUAGAAGAUUUCAACGAUAUCAAAGACGAAUGGUACCAUUUUGGCAACAAUGUUUCUUGUCAGUUGAGGAAUUUGCCUUUGGAAAGGGCCUUGAUGUGCCAAAAAAGGAUCGUUGAGAUUUUGACUGAAGAAAGGCUGGAUUAUAUUAAGAAUUUGAAUCAGUGACGAAUUGUUAGGCUUAAGAAAAAAAGGAAACAAUGUAAAAAAUUGUAAUUAUUUAUAUAUAUAAGUAGAUUUGUAUAUAUUACAUUUUGUAUAUAUUACAGGGUUUUGUUUGGAAUAAAUUUCAACAGGAAUAUUAUUAAUUUUGUGGCCUAGAAAUUAAUUGUAUAGUAUUCGAGAUUCGUACAAAAAAGUAAGUUUAUAUUUAUCAGCGGGCCUGCAUUUAGUCAGGGAGCACGUGUUAGGAAUCGCUUGAGUACAAAGAUUAUAUUGGUUUGAAAUUAUUCGGUUUAAAUUAUUGUAAAUUAUUUUUCAAUAUUCUUAAAUAUUUAAUGCAAGAAAUUAAGUACUUAAUCGAAUCCAAAACAAUACGAUAAUACUUUAUGCAAAAUAAAUUUAAUUGAUGCUCUUGGACUAAAUGUUUUCUCAACCCUCAUCUGUGGAGUUUUUGCUGCGGUUUGUUUAUGCGAGCAUCCCCGACAAAAAAAUAGUUUUUUUUGUAGGAAUCUCGAAUAUCUGUGGCGACGACUAUAUCAGUUUUUGAUCAAAGUUCUUGAUAGCUCUUUGAUGAGACAUCGAAAAGUGAUUUUACAUAGUUUAUAGAGAAAAUGUCCUUUUCAAUGAUAUGUAAUUGCUCAGGAUUUGACAAAUUUGCUCUAUUUUAUUGUAGCAGUUUGUAAACCUUGGAGGCCAAAAUCAAUGAUUUUGUUCUGGUAAGUCAAUGAAGAGAGAAUUGCUUUUUUACUUGAUCAAUGUCGCUAGCUAUAGACCAGGGUUGCUUUACUAAUAUCUUUGGUAAACGAUUUAACAUAAUUUUGUCUCAGAUUUUGCCUUACAGAUUCGGUAAGUAAUGCCGAUUUGAUUCGAACGUAAUUAGGUUCUAAUUAAAGUCAAUUAAAUCAUAUACAAACUUGUUAAUUACGAUUUUAAUUUGUUUUCAAUAUUAUUGUAGCUAUAAUAAGAAGCUUCAGAAUUGAAAAAUUGAAGUGAGGGAAAAUUUUUCAAAAACGACACUGAGAAACAUUUUGCCUCACAGCUCUGAUAAUCAUAGUAACUUUUUAAAGAAUUUUUCUCUUCAGAUUAAUCUGUGGUUGUGGUUCAGAAAACGUCAUUUGAAUUUCAGAUGUCAUCGAUUCAGUGUAUUGGAUAAAAUUUAUAAUGGGUCACCUAUACACCUAGGUUGUUUCGAUUUGGGAAAAUCUGUGUAGGUACCUGAUGCGCUCAGCGUUCAAAUUUCCAUGCGCGUCACAUUACAUAGUAUUUCUUAUACCUACUCCUAAUAAAAUAAAUAUCCAUUAUUAUCUGAAAUACAACUGAUGAUUUCUGAACUACAUCAUCUGACAAAUUCUAAAAUAUAAUUCACGUUUUCUGAAAUACAAUUAUUUAAUCUACAAUACAAUUGACUCUUUCCGAAAUUAAAUUAACUAAUUUGAAAUACAAUUGACGCUUUCUGAAAUAAAACUGACGGUAUCUGAAAUACAUAUGGAAAAGGUGUAGUUAUACACUCUUGAUAAUGUUCACCAGAGUCACUAUUACUAUCGGAAUUACUAUCAUCACUUAUGUUGGUCAUAAUAACCUCACUGUGCGAAACAUUUGGUUCUUCAAUCAUUGCCUCUUCAUCAUCCUGUUCACAAUUAACGUUUAAGUACUGUCGUCGUCCUGAGGUUUGACACUAUCUAUUAAUUUCAACCUGUUCACUAUUUUUAUUUUCAUGUUCCUUCUUUAUAUAAUUCAAAUAACGUAUCUAGUUUCCUUUUUUGAUUUUUAUAGUACUGCUUUCGAUAUUAUUACUAUUAUCAAUGUUAUCUCUCCUGCUAAUGAAUGAUGAUUUCUAGCAGUUACCUAUACAUUUGGGGGGUUUUGUGUAGAGUUUUUUUUAAUUAAAUUUGCAAUUUCUAAUGAGGAUUGAACCAUUAUUCAUUUGCAUUUUGUGAUUUCU